AAAAAUAGAGCAUUAGAUUAGGUACAAAGAAUUGAUAAUGAUAAGAUAACAGCGCCGUAUCAAGUGCACAACUUAUUGAGCACCUCAAUUUAGUCAUGAAGUUAUUGUUUAUCCUUUGAAACAAUGGAGAUCCCUCAAAAUAGAACCAGCCAAAGGGAACGGAGUGAGAACAGAGUGGAAGAUUUACACUUGGAUCGUGUUGUGGCUUCACACCCAGAAAUCGGACCUAGCCCUCCAGAUGGAGGUUACGGCUGGAUGAUAGUGAUAUCAGCCUCGAUAUACCAUACAACAGUGCCUACAGUGUUGAUUUUAUACGGUUUAGUGAUUUUAAAGUCUGUACGCGAGGCUGACCAUGCUGAAGGAGAAAAACUCAGGAUUUGGGACGUUGAUAUUGCUUUGGUCCCUGUUAUUAUGAUUGUGAUACGACUAUUACUAGACUCAUGGUGUAGAGCCGUGGCGAAAAUAUUCAACAUGCCAAGAUUCACCGCUUUGGCUGGACUUUGCUUAUCCGUAGCUGGGGUCCUGCUAUCCAGUUAUUCGACGAACGUGUACAGUAAUGACCACAUAGUGAGCAUAUUCGCUGGAAUCUUUGCCGGAGCCGGCUGCGCAUUGACUGGUCAACAAACCGAUGUGAUCAUCACCCACUACUUCAGAGAAAACCUCACGCUUGCCCAAAGACUCGUCCGCAUGGCACCAUCUUUUGGCAACGCUGUGACCUGCCUCGUAGUGGGCUACUUGUGCACCGUUUACACAAGCGACCUAGUCGUGAUGAUAUACGCCGCUAUAUUGAUGCAGAACUGCAUAUUCUUGGCUGCUUAUACGCGCCCAAUUUACAUAGAAAAAGUUUUGAGAUCCACCUACAACAUGAUCCGAGCGGUUGAAGAUGACGACGAAGUUAUAUUCUCUAACCAGAACACGCAAAGAAUUGUAACAAUCGAGGAGAGGACAGAUCCCAUAGCGUCAAGGGCUGCGACGGAGAAUGUUUCCACUCAGGAUGAAGAAAACGACGUUGUCGUGUUCAAAUCGAAGAAAGGUGCAAGAGAAAUCCUCGAUCCUGAAGUACAGGACAGAGAGAACAGCACGCAUGCUAGAUUCUCGUCUGAUUUCAGCACCGACACACCUAAUCGAUUCUCAUCAGAUUUCAGCGCGUUCGACAGACCGAAUCGUUUCUCCUCAGACUUUGGGACGCUGGAUAUAACAAGUUACAGUCGAAUAAACGGGUAUCGAGAGCUGGAAAAUAUUGAUAGAGAUGGUCAAAACCCCCAACCGUUGUACAGAGAAACUACAGUAAAUGCUCCGUCAAAUAACUUGAUAUUUACACCAGAUGUGACGCCUGGGACGGCUAGAAGAACAGCGUCUAUGAAGAAGAACUUUAUAACUGUGAUGAAUAUGCUGGUGGAUUUGAACUUCUAUUUGUACACGUUGUUGCAUCUUUGCACGACUUUCUCUGUACUUGUUCUUGGACUCGUGUUUCCGGCGAUGUUGUGGGAGCUCAAUCCAACUAUGAACAUUUGGUCGGUAGCGUCAGUAACAGCGAUAUCCCACGCGGCUGCCCUUUGCUUCAUAAUGCUCUGCAUCGCUAUGCCAAAGAACAUCAACGAAAAAUCCAAGCUGUACGCAACGAUCUGCGUUUGCGGCGCUGUUGGGUUUUAUGGCAUUACCCUGUCAGCAAACAAGAGUGUCCUGGUAGUAUGGUGUAUGAUCGCGAGCUUCGCCACCGCUGCCUCCAGCGUGUUACAACAACCCCUGUACAAUGCUCUCAACGAAUUCGACACCACCGCGACCAUGACCACAGCCAAUGUGAUAGUGGCGACCAUUAUUAUGGUGUGGUCGGUGGCCUACAACUACGAGUAUAAGACGUGUUUCUUCAUCGCCAGUCUGUUGCAGUCUGCCACCGCUUGCGUGUUCUUAGUAGCAUCUUUCAGACGCCGAAGAUAGACUACCCUAAUUUUUUAAUUUUUUUAUUCAGAUACAAGCUAGCCCUUGACUGCAAUAUCACCUGGUGUUAAGUGAUGAUGCAGUCUAAGAUGGAAGCGGGCUAAUGGGAAGUGGUAUGACAGUUAUUAAAUUCAUACCCCUUUGGUUUCAACACGGCAUCGUACCGGAAGGCUUAACCGCUUGGUUUUACCCGUAGGGUGGUAACUAGCAACAGCCGAAGCCUCCCAGCAGACAAUAACUUUAUGUACUUUAUUGCGUCUUAACUCUUAAUGUACUAUUUAUUUAAACGGCUUUCCGGAGUUCCACGCCUUCUUCUACACUGGAAAAUAGGUACUAUUAAAUACUUCUGUAUCUUAUUUCGGUUACUCUUAAAAUACGUAUCCUUCAGUUCAUCCUACCAAAAGUGCUAUUUCGUGUUUUAAUAGGUCAAGUUUCUUAGUUUGUACCAAUUCGUAUGUCUAUGGUUUGUACACUAUUUCUGGACGUUGUAAGCGAUAAGUGAUAAGCGAUAGUAUUAGAAUUGUUGUAAA